AGAGUGGUGCUUCUUCAUUUCCUGCACUUACUGAGAAAAGCUUAAAAUCUCUCUCUCUCUCUCUCUCUCUCUCUCUCAAAUCUCAAUCGAGCUUGCUGCCAUUAAUAGUAGCAGCGAGCUUUCUGUGGAUGCUAAAAGCUUUAAAACCCUUCCUUGAUUUCGGUGCUUUGGAGUUAUAUAAAAAGAAGAAAAGAAAGCGAUUGGUUUCUCUUCUGCUUUUGCCUUUCUUUACUCUUUUCUCUCUCUCUCUGUCUAUUCUACUUUCUGCUUUGAAAUUUACUUCUUUAACUCUCUAGUUCCUCACAGUGAUUUGGAGUUCGGGAAUAGAAAGCUGUGGACUGUUCAGAUCCAAGAUUUGUGCUCAGUUCCUGUGUACACGUUUUAGAUUUUGUUGUUCUCAGUGGCGGUGAACGUAGGGUAGCUUUUGCCAGUUUAAGCGAUUCAGCUUUUUCUGGAUUAUUAUUGGGAGCUCAGGAGGAGGUUAUGUAGCGUUCAGAACGGGCGGUUGCUAGUGACUUUGCCGUUCUAUUUGUGAUUUAAUGGGAAAGAGGUGGAAAUGGAGAGGAUUCAUGUUUUCUGUUGUUUACUAUGAGUUGCUUUUUUAGCUUUCGAUCUGUCUGAAGUAGUUUGAUGCUUGAAGGUCUCGAUUUUUCGGGGCAUUCGAGAAAUUCGUUGUUGAUGGAGAUUUGCUAUAAGAGAGCAGAAUUUGCCAUUACUGCUGUCUGCUGAGUUAUAUUACUUGUUAUUAUUGGUUACGAUCUAGGGUUUUUUUGCUGGUUUUUUCAUUUCCCGAUCUAUUUAUAACAUAUCAUUAGCUACUUAGUUUCCCGAGGCAGAGGAGGGGGAGAAAUUCCUGGAGUUGGAGUUUAGAAUUUAGGUCAUCAAGAUGUAUGCGUCUAUAGCAUCCUCAAAAGACAUGAAUCCUCUGUUCCCUGCAACUUUCAAGCAUUCGGAAGGAGAAUUGCAUCAGAAGAACAGAGAAACCAUGGCUUCCGAUCUCCAUCAUCAUCAUCAUCAUCAGCAGCAGCAGCAGCAGGAGGUGAGUUCCGGCCUGAUGCGAUUUCGCUCUGCCCCGAGCUCCCUGCUUGCAAAUUACAUGGACGGUAGCAGCGAAGACGGGGAAGAAGGAUGUGAGGAUUUCCUACAUCCUCGUUCUUCAAGUCCCGAGGCGGAGAGCAUGUUUGCGAGGUUCAUGUCUUGUGGUGGUGACGGCACUGGAUCUCCUUCACUUGAUCUUCGCGAGAUCGGCGACAAGUCUCCAGUAAUAUCGGCUACGCCCACCGGAGCAGUUAGUCAGAGGAAUUCUCAGUUCAUAGCAUCCAUGAAGCACGAAGCAGCCGAGGUUGUUCCUCAGCAGAAUGGAUACUCUGCCACUGCUUCCCAGAUGCUUUAUCAAGCUCCGCCGCCGGUGCCUCUGCCUAGUCAGAGCUCAGCUUCCAUGGAUAACUCUUAUGGGAUGGUGAAUUCGAUAGUCAUGGGUCACAGUCCUCCUCAAGUCAAGACUGCUAGCGCCAAUUGCUCUAAUCUUAUCCGGCAUAGCAGCUCUCCUGCCGGGCUUUUCUCUCACCUAAACGUUGAAAACGGCUACGCGUCACUGAGGAGAGUGAGGAAUUUCAGAGCCGGGAAUGGUACUAAUGGAGAAGCAGCUCCAGGGGCAAGCAGGUUGAAGGGUCAGAUCAGUUUCUCAUCUGGGCCUUCUUCUUCUUCGGGGUUAAUGUCUCAGAUUUCUGAAAUUGGGAACGAAAGCAUUGGAGCUAAUAGCCCAGAUGACGGAAGCUUGGGAGACAGCAACGGUGACAAUGGAUGUUACAUGCCGGAGUUUCCGAUUGGCGCUUGGGAUUCUGCACUUGUCUCGGAGAAUUUCUCUGGCCUCAAAAGAGCUAGAGUUAUCGAUGGAAAAAUGCUUUCUGGUUUAAAUCCAUCGGAGACUCAGAAUGGAGUAGGGACCCAUCCUCCUGGUUUGACCCAUCAUUUUAGUUUGCCAAAGACCUCCACCGAGAUUGCUGAUAAGUUUUUACAGUUUCAAGAAUCUGUUCCUUGUAAGAUCCGAGCCAAGCGAGGUUGUGCCACUCACCCUCGAAGCAUUGCAGAGAGGGUUAGAAGAACUCGGAUUAGUGAACGAAUGAGAAAAUUACAAGAGCUUGUCCCCAACAUGGACAAGCAAACCAACACAGCCGACAUGUUAGACUUGGCAGUGGAGUACAUUAAAGACCUUGAGAAACAGGUCAAGAAUUUCAAGGAUAGUCAGGCUAACUGUACCUGUUCGAGCAAGCAGAAACCAUGCUCAAGUCCUGUGCUACGGGGUGACUAGCUAGCUUCUGUAAAGAUA